UUGCGCCCAGCUACCCUUUCCACGUCGACAUCCUCGACGUCCUCGAGCGCCCAUCUCUCAUCUAGCACCUCCAACUUUUGCUGCUUUCUUAUGACUAACAGGGCGGCGCCCAAGCGACCUGGCCUGACUUCCCCUCCGGUCUCCACGACUUCUUCCACUCAACCCCCCUCAUCCGUGCAACAGCUUACUCCGGACUCUAAGCUCUCGGCUUCCUGCAUCUCGCUUUCACCUGGGUUCAGUGUUCACUUUGCUGUAUUCUCUGCUCAGAAUGCUGCUCAGAGCCAUUUAGACGUUGACCUUGCUAGGCGUAAGGUUCAUGAGAGCAAUUCGGGAAGGCCGAUUUACAAUUGCCUUCUGACUCAUCCACAUCUCGCAAAGGAUGAAGCUACACUUUGGGUAUUCACCAUAGAUCAAGGUAUACCGGAAUCCGAUGGAAUAUACGCGUCUCCUCAGCUCCGUGACCUCGAACUACCCGGAUUAGCUAGGAACACGAAUGGUAGUUUAACAUAUGCUGAACUCUAUCCAUGCAGUACCACCUGCUCAUCGCAACGAAUACCUUGUCCGAACUGCUUACGAAUUAGCGCGGGCUCUGAAAUCACCGCCCACGCUCAAACCUCACCCGGUUCCAUAAACCCCGAACCCGAAGAAACUACCCCGGCCAUAUCACCAACUUCGUCCCAUGGAAGGACGUUUGAUAACCCCUCAGUUACCUGUCAUCUUCCUCGAAAACCUCUCCGCCAAGCGCUUGCUUUCUUCCUAAGUGCCGUGCAAGAACGAGUAAUCAGUGACAUUUGUGAGGAUGCUCAACUUUCUGGUAAGGUUGCCAGAAGACUCCAAACUGGUAUUCUUUGGGGACUCCCAAGCUUGUCGAGUAAUUGGGGAGGCGGUUGGGAACAGCAUGCAAAAACUCGCCCGCUUACCUUCACUCACAUUGAUGUCACACUGUUUCCUUCGGGUCUAUUCAUUCGACCUCAAGCUCAGCUAACCAAUUUCCUACCCUUUCUACCGUCAUUGCCGCUUCCUCCUGGUACACCGAUUAACUUGCUACCAUUUUCAACUCCGGCAUAUUACCUCAAUAUGUACUCUGGUUCUACUUCCGCUCUGACUAGGCACUUCCAAGCCAAUCUUGUCGGUUUGGGUGCAGGGGAUGUAUUACCAUCCAGAGGCACUGAUCAGACGACUUCGAGUUCUGAGAACACUACUCAGUUUGUUAUUGCGUGGAUUAGCGUCCAGAACAAACAAGGGGAGGAGAAGGGCAUGAUGGUUAUUUGGCCAGCGCCUCUGUGCAUUUCCCUGAUGUCCAUGUCCACAUCGGAUACACCAGAUGAACAGGAUGGUAAACGAUUAUUCGCUUAUAACCGUAAACCACUGGCGUACAUACCGGAAUUACCACUCGCUCUCCAAGCGUCCCCCGUUCCAGCUCCUGCGACUGUUCCCCCUCUACCUCGCCCUACGUCUCCUCAUGAUCCCCUAGUCUCACCUUCCUUAUUUACCCCUGUCGGUCGACGAUCUUUCUCUCGUGAAACUUCGCCGAGUACACCGUUCCCAUUCCGCUCCGCGAAUCACCUCAAGUCCGAGCGACCACCGAUAACGAGAGCGACGAGCUCUUUCUCCGCAGAGACUACACAGGCCUUCCGAACGCUCACUAUUUCCCAACUCCCUUCGAGUGGGCUGAGGAACGUCGCUGAGGGAGUUGGCAAGUUCGUUGACUUCAUGGCUAAGGAGCGGGAACGUGAAAGAGAAAGGAUAAAGAAGGAGAAGGAGGCUUCUGCUGCUGCGGCUCAGGCGCAAAAAGGAUCGGAUUUACCUUUAUCUUUGUCCACGACUAUUGGAGGAGGUGCAACAGCGAAUUUGGCGACGAAUGGAUUGAUUACGUUACAAAACAAUGCGAUUCAGGAAUUUGCGGGUUUGACGCCUGAGUCUAUGCAAGUGACGCCGUCGAUUGCUGUGAACGUCGAGACGAGCGUAAGUCUUUCUCCACAGGUCCAGCAGCAACAGACGCCUGCACCUCCUGGUCAACCGGCGUAUCCUUCGCCUCCAGAAGAGACUGUCAAGUCAGAACAGAAUUAUUCUAUUCAGAAUAACGGCACCCUCGGAGGAUACGCACUAGAGCCUCCGUCCACUACUGCUCAGCAAGUUCAACCUGCCCCAUCAGAGACGUUCGACUCGUUCGAGGGAAUCGAUAAAUAUAUGAUGGACCUCGAUAUGGACUUCACCAUGGCACUUCCUUCCUCCGCUGGGAAUCCACGUGAAAUUAUCAAAGCUGAUUUCGAUUCGAUGGUGUUUACGGAUGAUGAUUUUAGUUUCUUUGAUGAUCCUGUUGUUACGACUUCUAUCCCUUCUACGACUAUUCCGGAUGCGAGUGCGAUGACGGGUGAUGAGGCGCUGAAGGCUCUUGGGGUUGCAUCGUUGACUCAGGAUACUGGGCAAUCUGCCGUACCGGAUUCUGGACAGAGCUUGGUUGUGACGGGUACUCCUUCGCCAUGGACUUCGAGAAAACCUACUGAGGGUGUUGAAGGAAAGGAUACUAUGGAGUCGGUUGCACCAGACCUCCUUCCUGGUUCUCCGGAUGAAUCGACUUCGUCCCUUGGACCCGAUACACCAGAAAUCAUCAACUCUUCCAGUGUCGAGAUCUUAAGUUCGGAAACACACCCCUUCAAUCCGAUUCGUUUCUCAAAACGGUUUUGCUCGUCGGAUGCGAAAUAUGCAGUUGGGAAGUUCUCCCGAUCACUAAUUGAGCAAGAUUCGUCUUCGUCCUCCCCGCGAGAUGCUUCGUCGGUGCCUGUGCUUUGGAAGAUAAGUUAUGCGUCGUUGACUGAUCCGCGAGUUGAGAUCGUUAAGAAGCUGAUUGGGAUGAAACGGAGGAUGUUGACGCAGGGUAUGCGGCUGGGUCUUCCUCCCCGACCGUUCCGAGAAGAACAGCGAAGUGAAUGGGAGAGCUGUUGUGCUGCUGGUGAAGAUGACAACGCCUCUGGUGCUGCUAUGGACGUCGAGUCAGAUAGAGACUCCGACGACGACGGCGACGAGCGGAAUUGUUAUGAAGACGAUGAUGCUGUUUUUGUUGGUGAUGAUGAUUACUCUUCUGUUUCGAGACCCUCGACGCCGCUUGCGUCGCAUUUACCACUUGGACCUAGCCUGUUGGCGACGCAGUUUCAGCAUUCUCUUCUACUCCCGCUUUCGGUGAAUUUAAGACCGAGUGGGGCCAGUUCGUUUUCGUUCGCGACGGAUUUGGCUGAACCGAUGCCGAAUCCUGUGCCGACGCCUGUGUCCCCCGCGGCUGCUGCGAAUUCAAGCAGUGAGAGGUCGAAGGUUGUUGAGCUUGUGGUUAGAGCGUUUGCGGAGGAGGUUGUGGAGAAUGCGAUUUGGGAGGAGGGGUGGCGGGUGAAUGCGGUUGGACAGGCUCCUAUUUGGAAGCAGGAGAAUAGGAAUGGACGGGUGGAGGAGGUGGUUGAGGAGAGUUAUGUGAUUGAGGAUGGAUGGUGCGGGCAGAGGAUGAGCGUUGGUUCGUUCUCUUCUUUAGCAGCUUCUUCGUUGUAUUCUGGCACUGAGGGUCAUAACGCCUCUUUCAAGCCGCUUGACCAGCCAAUGUUCACAGUAGGCAAGGCCGACACUCUAAUUCAGAUUGCACCUCCGGCGUUCCGGUUCUGGUCAAAGAUGGGGUUGACACCGCGAAGUGGACCGAAAGAUGUAGUUGCAUUUGUAUUUUAUGAGGAUGGGAGUAGCCUGGCUUCGGAAGUGGAGGGUUGGCUGAGUCGGGUAUCUUCUGCAUAUACUGCUAAAGGCUAUGGAACGCAUUCUCUUAGGAAGUCUAGCUUAUGCGCAAAGGAUGGACUUGUCCCCGUUCGAUAUGCUACUUUUCGGAAGGCUCUCAGCUCACUGAUUGACUCGGUUGGAUCAACGACAUCUCCGCUGCUACUUUACAUCGUCACACCCACUUCCAUUUUGUCUAUGAAUUCUCCUAUCUUGCGGCAAAUCUUCUUAUCUAUGCAUAAAGUCCUCUCCUCAAGUCGAGAAGAACCUGUCAUCCGAUUCCAACUCGUCCCGGAAUUCCUACUCACUGCGAAAGACGAUGUUACGACUACGUCGCAGGUAGAAACGUUCGUGGAUAACGUAUACGAGCGUAUUCCUCGACCUGUUAAGAGGUACAUGUCACGCUCACUCCUGCAUCCUGGUGAACGGACACGGAGGUACUUCGAAGCGCCGUCGUUCGUACUCGGUCGACCGUCAACUACUUCAACAUCCUUGUCAUUCUGCCAUCCACCGCCUGAUUCGGGGUUACUUGACCGACAUACGCUCUUACACGUUGGUUAUCGACUUACGAAGUGUCGGAAAUGGCUUGUUGCGGCUUGUAUUGACCAACGAGGGGAGGGACAUGAGUUGGGUGUGUGGUUUGUUCCUUCUUCGGUUUCUUCGGAUGAAGGGAUUAGAGAUGGGGAUAGGGAUAGGGAUUGGUAUAAGCGGCUUGUGGCGAUUGUGUGGGGGUUUGCGAUGGAGUUUGCGAGGAGGGCGAAUGUGGAGUGGAGAGUUGCUGUUGCGAAGCUUGGGAGUGUGGGGGAGGGUGAACUUGCAGCGUGGAACGCACUGUUGAACGAGGAGAUGUCAGAGGAGAAACGAACCUCGUCGAUGCAGGUCUCUAUUCUCUCCGUCGACGAUGAGUCGGGUUGGUCAGUCCUGACGGAGUCGAAUAAAAAUCAUCCCAGUACACAAAGACCCGGUUCAAGUCACGAUUCCUCGCCUACCACCACCCCAACGAAAAUGCAAAGUCAAAAUCAAAGUCACAACCAGAGUCAACUGUCAUUCGCUUCGGCAAGCUCGUCGUACAUCUUACCUUCACUCCGAUUACCUCUAACUUCUCCUUUUCCCUCGGGUAUUGUGGAGGAACUUGGGAGGCAGUCAUUUAUCCCUGAAGACGAGGAGUCGCCGAAGGGUAGUACGAAUAGUGCGGAAAGAUUACUCCCGUUAUGUUCCUCUGUCCUUGUCACAGUCCCUUCCACCCCUCCUCACUCUACAUCUCCUUCUCCUUCGUCACCUCAUGAGAACGGGGACAAGAGUGGGAAUGGGAAUGGGAAUAGGACCACCCCACGCACAACACUUAUCCACCUUCUUCACUCCACUUCCUUCCCGUCCUCUCACUCGAAUACCUCCUCCACUUGCACUCCCACUUCCUCAUCUUCUCCCUCUUCUCUGUCAACGAAAACGAUCGAAGAGACGCAGCAAGACAUUGUAAAGAAUUAUUACGAGCUUGGCGUCCUCACCCAAGCAAGGUGGCGAUUCUCUUCUCUCAAUGGUAAUGGUAAAGGGCAGAGGAUAGGACUACCGUAUCACCUUGCUGCGUUACGCGUUGUGGAUGAGUGUCUUGAGGUAGGAGAGGUUGGUGGGGAGUUUAGCUAGCAGUUUGGUAACUUAUUUUCUUUUCGUUUUUUCGUUUUCGUUUUUUUCUGGCCUUUGUUCGUUCGUUCUUUGUUUUAUUUUUCUGAGUUCGUUUUUUGGUAUCCCUUCGCCUUUACGCUUUGCAUUGUCUCUUGAUGCCUUUUCUCUUACUACUUUUCGGUCUUUCGUAUUCCCUGUACUACCUGUACCUCUCGUACCCAUCCCAUCAUUGUCUUAUCUCAUUUCGUUAUCACUUUCAUUCAGUCAUUCCUGCCGACUCGUUCCUUUACUCGCACAGAUCCC